AUGGCCGAUUCGGAGCCCGUUCAGUUCCUUGACAUCAUCUCCACACUUCCAGGAGCGCAGAAGUCAUGGUCCCCCAAUACCCUCAAGGUCCGCGCGGUCUUGAACUUCAAGGCCAUCCCUUACACUCAAAGCUGGAUCUCGUAUCCCGAUAUUGCCCCGCUCACCAAGGGCCUCGGUCUCGGCCCCAAUGAGGUUGGAAUCCCUUAUACCUUGCCCGUGAUCAUUCAUAAGUCAGUGACGUCGAACCCCCACGGUGCGAUGAUGGACUCGCUGCCAAUCGUCAUGCACCUGGACAAGGCGUUCCCUUCAAGACCGCUCUUCCCUAGUGGUGACGCCAGCUACGCGCUGUUGGUGGCCGUGAGCAAGAUCGCCAGCGGCAUGGGUCCGGCAGUUCGCUCUCUGAUCAUUCCAAGAGUGGCAGACUAUAUGGAUCCGCGAGGAAAGGAGUAUUUCACCGAGACCCGGUCGAAGUUCUUUGGAAAGCCUUUGUCGGAGGUGCGACCGACCGAUCAAGGGACCAUCGAUGAGUUAUGGAAGCAGGUAGAGAUUGAGGCAGGUCCACUGGUUAAAAUGCUUAAGGGUCGGGAGGGCAAGAAGGGACCGUUCUUUGAGGGCGAGACCCCGGGAUAUGUAGACCUAUACUUGGCCUGUCAGUUUGCCUUCUUCGAGCGCAUUGACCGGGAAGCUUUCGACCGUCUGAUGGCUAUCGGUAACGGUGAAUUCAAGGCCCUUUGGGAGGCUUGUGAGCCUUGGAUAGAUGGCCAGGGUGAAGAGAAGGAGUGGACUGGUCCUAAGACCGCGGCUUGA